GAUGGUUGGAUAAAGCUGGACAGAAGAGAUAGGAAAAGUGAUGAGCAAUGAGGAACAAGAAGAGCCAGCCAGUGUUGGGGCCUGCUUUCCGAAGCAAGACCCUGAGCGUGGCGGAGGUCACAUGAUGUCCACAGAUGACCUGGAGUACCCGCGUGAAUAUCGGACGCUGGGAAACAGCACGCGACGCUUCUCCAAUGUGGGGCUGGUCCACACCUCUGAACACCGGCACACGGUCAUCGCCGCCCAGAGCCUGGAGGCCCUCACCAACCUGCACAAGGCCGACAUGGAACGCAAGCGGGACACAUUCAUGGACCACCUGAAGAACAAGUACCCUCCUCAGCACUCCCUACCACCCUCACCAUCCCCCUCACACGGCAGCAUGAGGGGCACUGCAGAGAGAAGCGCACGUGAACAGCAGCAGCCAAACUACUGGAGCUUUAAGAGCCGUAGUCCACGUCACUCCCAGUCCACUCAGUCAGGUUUGGCAGACCAGGCGUCUAAACUGUCCUUCGCAUCAGCUGAGUCUCUGGAGACCAUGUCUGAGGCUGACAUGCCGCUGGGCUUCAACCGCAUGAACCGUUUCCGUCAGAGCCUCCCACUCUCCCGCUCUGCAAGCCAGAAUAAACUACGUUCUCCAGGUGUCCUCUUCCUUCAGUUUGGAGAUGAGACCAGACGUGUUCAUAUCACUCACGAGCUCAACAGUUUGGAGACCUUGCACGCACUCAUUGUGCACAUGUUCCCUCAGAAGCUGACAGCGGGAAUGCUGAAGUCCCCGAACACAGCCAUCUUGAUCAAAGAUGAAGCAAGGAACGUUUUCUACGAGCUGGAGGACGUGAGGGACAUACAGGACCGCAGUAUUAUUAAAAUCUAUCGCAAAGAGCCCAUCUAUGCCUCCUAUCCUGCGGCACAUCUGGCCAACGGAGACCUCAGGAGAGAGAUGGUUUAUUCAUCCCGGGACUCCUCACCUACCCGUCGCCUCAACACUCUCCCUUCCUCCUCUGCCUCGCCCUCCUCCGGUUCUCCUUCUCGAUCCCGUCUCUCCUACAGUGGAGGUCGGCCCCCUUCUUUUGCUGGUCCGGGUCACCCUCACUCACAAGGGCUCCAGCAUCAGUCCCACUCCCACCACCCUUCACCCUCUCAUGGACAGACUCAAGGCCUAAACCCCUCCUCCUCAGCCAUCCUGGAGCGGCGUGAUGUCAAACCUGACGAGGAGAUGUCUGGUAAAAGCAUGGUCCUCCUGAAGAAUGAAGGUCUUUAUGCUGAUCCGUACAGCUUGAUGCACGAGGGUCGGCUUAGUAUCGCUUCUACUCAGUCCCUGGCCACCAUCGCCGACCCCUUUGGCUUCCCAGUGUCAGGAGGUCUGUACCGCAGAGGUUCGAUGCGGUCUCUCAGUACAUACUCAGCUGCAGCACUGCAAAGCGACCUGGAGGACAGUCUGUAUAAGCCUGGAGGUUCUCUAUACUCCGAUACCUACAGCAGCUCCACGCUUGGCAUGGGCUUUCGCCUGCCGCCCUCCUCCCCGCAGAAGAUUCCCGACGUGCAGCUGCGGGACAGGGAAUCGUUCACAGGGUCUCCCAGCCGAGGGUCGCCUGUGAGAACCACCUUCCGCAAAGACUCCGCUUCCUCUUCUGUGUUUGUGGAGAGUCCCAAGUCCAGACCCAGCUCCAGUUCUGAACCCCUAGGUGAUGGGAGUAAGGGAUCCGGAUUUGGGUCGUCAUUGUCUGGGCCCGAGACGGACACACGCAGGGAUCGUAUGGAGGCAAUGGAGAAGCAGAUAGCCAGUCUGACUGGACUGGUUCAGAGUGUCCUAACCCGAGCACCGGACAGCGACAGCACAUGCGGCCUGCUGCGUCUCUGCAUGAUGGCGGGCUGCCCUCCGGACCAUGGUGCGGACUUUUCACGGCCCUUCCCUUUCUCUUCCAGCGAGAAGACCGAAUCCACCAGCGACGGCUCCGCCACAGGAACUGGCCGGCUGAAGAAGAAAGCGCUGACUCCAUCUGCACCGCUGGCACUGAUGCCUCCGCCUUCAUCUGGAGGCUCUCAGGCCUCCACCGUCUCCAGGCUACAGAUGCAGCUUCACCUGCACGACCUUCAGCAGAACGCCACCGAUCUGCGCAAACAGCUCGCCCAGCUCCGUAAAAUGCAGUUGCAGAACCAGGACUCCAUAUGCAGUCUGCUGAAGAGGACCGAGACAGAGCUGAGUCUCCGUCUAUCAGAUGCGCUGAGGAAACAGGAAGACCCUCUCCAGAGACAGCGCCUCCUAGUGGAAGAGGAGAGACUCAAGUACCUGAAUGAGGAGGAACUCAUCAUACAGCAACUGCAUGAUCUGGAAAAGUCAGUGGACGAAAUCCAGAAGGAGUUGUCAGUCAAUCACCGACAUGUGACAGUGCAGGAGCUGGAGGAGAAAAGCUCGCUGCUGAGGAAACUGGGAGAGACUCUCACAGAGCUGAAGAAUCAGUUUCCAGGCCUCCAGAGUAAAAUGCGUGUGGUGUUACGAGUGGAAGUGGAAGCUGUGAAAUUCCUGAAAGAGGAGCCACACAGACUGGACGCCCUGCUUAAACGCUGCAAAUCUAUCACAGACUCUCUCUCCACGCUGAGGAGGCAGGUGAAUGAAGGAGUGUGGAAAACCCAGGAUGAGUAUUCCAGCCCCUCCCCUAAACUCGGAGGAGGGGAUGAGUACAGGAAGAACCCAGACUUUGACAUUCCAACCAGCCCACCGCUAAACCUCAAUGAGACCAGCCUGGCUAACUGGAGCCCUCACUCUGGUCAAGGCCACGGUCACUCGAACCCUUCUGGUGCACAGCGUGAGAGAGAUUCUCAUGGGACGCUGGGCUCUUUGAAGGGACGGGAGCUGGGCGAGCUGGGAGGUCGAGGCGGGUCUGAAAAGGCCUCAUCUGUGGAAGUGAGACUGGCAGCAGAGCGGGAUUGGGAAGAGAAGAGGGCCAGUCUAACACAGUACAGUGCUCAGGACAUUAAUCGCCUGUUGGAGGAGACUCAGGCGGAGCUCAUGAAGGCAAUUCCUGACUUGGACUUUGCUGCCAAGCAGAUCAGACCUACUCAGAACCAGAUUCAAAACCAAAACCAGAGCCAGAGUCCAUCUAACACCAAUGCCACACCUGAACACAAGCCAAAUAAACCUCAGAAUAAACUUUCCAGUAAAGACAGCGGAUCCAGACGAGGUUCGGAUGAGCUGACGGUGGCAAGGUAUCGAACGGAGAAGCCCUCAAAAUCCCCCCCUCCUCCACCUCCCCGCCGGAGUUUCCCGUCCUCCCCUGGCCUGACUACACGCAGCGGAGAGAUGAUCAUUCCUGGAAAGAGUAUAAAGAAGUCAGAAUCAGAGGAGACUGAGUCUCAGAAGCCACACGUUAAGCUGAGGAGGAGUGUAUCUGAAGCCCCCCGACCGGCCUCCACACCUCCAACCAUUGCUGGUGGAGAGCGAGAGGAGGGCGCAGAGGACAAGUUAGCAGCUGAGCUGGAGAUGAUCACAUCUAAGCGUGGUGAUGAUCACUCCAGUGAUUUUACAGAGAAACCUCUGAUGCAGCAAGGGAUGUCCUCCACUCCAGUUCCCCAGAUAGUCUUAACUGAGUGUAACUCUCUCCCCACGUCCCCUUCUGAGGACUCACCAGAGACCCGGCCGUCUGGCAGCAUGCAGACAGUUAAAGACAAUAACACUGGGAAUGACAUCAGAGUAAGUUACUUCAGCCACAUUGUGAGGACUCCCCGUCUGUCGCUAUGGAAACAAGACUUGUCAACCAGCCAAAAAGUCCCUCGGAUGCAAGAUUUGGAUGCGGCCCAGAGGGAGUUCCAGAGUCCUGUCCAGGAUGUGACCCAGUCGUUCCCGCCCUUAACAAGCGAGAGAGCAAUUAAACAGCCCCUGAGGAGGGAGCCAAGGGUUCAGGAGUCUCUCGAGGCGCGGACAGAAACGAAAGAAGAGCGAAUGAGAAAGUCAGACACUACAUUCUCUGUCCCGCUGCAAAAUGGGCCUGUAGAGACAUCUCAAGUGGGUUUGAUCUGCACUCAAGGCACUGGAGGGGUAAAGGAAGACAUCUGCCACAGCACGUACCGUCGUCUGGACAGUUUGGAGGAAACCAUCCGUGAGCUGGAGCUCAGCCUGAUGGAGUUCAGCACUGAUCCUCAUAUGGGGAACAUCUUCCCAGCAUCCGUCCAGGCGCAGAGUUCCUCCAUCAAGAGAUCUGGCAGCACUCGACAUACAGCACAGACCGCUGCAGACGGAGGAGGCACAAACAAACCUGUUGUCCCACCAAAACCAUCCUGCAUCAGCACAUCCACAGAAAAGACUGGCGGUGGAAAAGUGUUGUCUCGUCUAAAGCACCUGCAGCAAAGUGGAUCAGAAAAGAGCAAAACAAGCAAACAGAGAGAGGACUUCCUAAAGAACCAGGGUCAACAGCAGGCUCUAAGUCUGAACAUCAGCAGAGCCAGAACAACCGAGUCGCUCCUCGCAAGCACCAGAGCCGCUAGCUUCUCUGGCCACCUACCUUCCAGAUUGCGAAAGUACCCCCAGGAGGGGGCGCUGUCCUCCUUAACGGCCUCCUCCAACCAGGCCAAAGCGCUUCUUGCUAGCCUCUCCUCAUCCAGUUUCUCAGCGGAGGCCUUCCUGCUCUCGUCCACUUUAAGACAGCAUCGGUUACUCAGAGAGCAGAACUUCAACUCCUCAAGCCUUCCUCUUCCCAUCUCCAAUGGUCGAUCCCCUCCCUCUCCGACUUCACCUACAUCCUCUUCCUCAACCUCAACCUCAACCUCACCCUCUGCUCUGACCUCACUGAGUCUGUCCUCGCUGUCCCUGAAACCUUCAGUCUCCGGAAGCUUGGAGUUUGUCAAGGAGAGGAAUAAGACUAAACCCAAGAUGGUGACUCUGGACAACAGUGAUUAAGGAGGAUGUGGCUGGAAAUGUAUAUAUAGGAUGCAGACAGCACAGGCAGAUGAACUGAAAUGCUGAAAUGAUGAACUUUUUUUUUUUUUGGAGGCUUAGCUUCUAUAGUGUUUUGUUUCUGAUCCUUUCCCCGGCUCUCCUUACCAAGACGCCUUGCAGAGAAUGGUGACGUAGUGCAAGGAGGCGUAGUGCACUUUUCUUCAGUUUGUAAACCGAUCCAAACUGUAAACCCUACCUACUCUGCAUUUCUGCCAGUUCCUCAAACUAGAGAACCAACAGAUGGGCUUGGACACUCACCACCAGCCUGUUUCCAGCUCCACUGCACAGCCAGCAUCACACCACCCACGGGAGGCCUGGGGAAGGACUCUUUACCCAAACCCUCAAUCAUUUGCCAAAUCUCACAUGUUGGAGGUCUAGCUGAGUUCGGUAGAUAUCCAUCAAGUGUAAAAUCAAGACUGUAAGACUAUGUAAAACCAAGUAGAGUUGCAAUAAUCGAAAGUGAGUACUGUAGUAGUCAGUGUUUGUCGAGAUGUUUUAUUGCUAAUAUCUAUAUUAACAAAAAGAAUGUUAAAAAAAUAACAGCAAAAACUUAAUAUGGAGGCAGUGUUGCUUGUUAUAAUGUAGAUUUUGCCUAUCAGGCAUACUGCUAGAGGACAAUAACUGAAAUUGGUGCUAUGAUUAACAUUUUGAUGAUUAUAAACUCCCUUAAGUGGAUAGUUCAUCCAAAAAUUAACAUUCUGCCAUGAUUUACUCAUUCUUAUGUUGUUGUAAACUGAUUGACUUGCUUUCUGAAAAGAAAAAUCCUUGGUUUAUUGUCUACAACAGAAGUCAGUAGGGUCUAACAAUGUUUCGGACUCCACUGACUUAAAUUGUGUGGGCAAAAACAUUCUUCAAAAUAUCUUCUUUUGUGUUCUACAGAAGAAAGAAAUUCAUGUAGAAUUUUCUUUUUCAGAAGAACUUUCCCUUUGGAACACAUACACUGCCUAAGAGUCUAUUUUUGUUCUCAUUUGCGCUCAAAUAGGUCUUCAUACAGCCGAUUUACAUGUUUGCUGUAACUUAGCACAAGUUGUCAUGGCAACAGAGGAAUUGUGAGAAAGUGGAGGGCUGCCUACUUUUUAAAUAACUUAUUAUGGGAUGGUGUUGUUAGGCAUUUGUUUUCUUCAAAGUCAAAGUUUUCCUCUGUAAGGAUAUAUUUAGGAUAACUUCCCGGUUCUUGUCAUUGCAGAAGCACAACAGGUUUUAGAAGCUAGAGAAAGUACAAUGAUCUGACAAUCAUCAAACAUUCGGCACAAGCUGUCUUAACCUUUGGGCCUCCCAGAUUGUGAAGCUGAAUUCCAAUUUAAAAUGAACAAACAGAUGGUCAGGUUCACCGUGUAGGGGUUGCACAAGCAAGAAGACAGAGGGUAAUUCCACAGCAUGUACGCCAGUGGACGUGAUCCAUUGAGUAGAAGACAUCUGUGCGGUAGAGAAAUCCAACUCAUCCUUUCUCCUACUGUAAUGAGCAAGACAAACCCUCCGACACUUAGAUUCAAUAUCAUUUUUAGAAGGUAACUGUGUGCCAGUUUAUGAUUACCUGGAAUGGUGAUGUAAAUAUGAACAUCACAUCCGUUCUUUUAAAGGCUCUGAUUAUGCCCAUCCAUCUGCUUUUCUCAUUCCAUAACAUGCACGCACUGGCACACGCGACAAAAUUCUUUUUCUUCUUCUCACAGGGGUAUUCUUAUGUUGCGAAUUUGUCAAUGCCACAACCUGCAGGUUUUCUCAUGAGCCCAGAGAAUUUAAGAGCAGAAUAGAAUGAGAUGAAUAGAGCAAGAGGGGAGAUUUUUCUAACUUCCUGACAAAACCAAUGUGUGAAAUUGAUUGCUUGUGCUGCGGGGUUUAAAAUAAUGGCUUAAGCACUAGGUUGACGUCGAGAGUAAAUGGCCAGAGGAGAGAUUAGUGGUGCUACUCCGUGUCUCGCAGCCAAAUCGGCCUGUAAUUCAUGUCCGAAAUGUAUAAUGAUUCAUGUGGGAUGUGCUGUGAGAGGCAAAAAGGUCAAGCUUAGGUUGUUACAUGCAUGGAAACUCCUUCAUUUAAGCCACUGAAUACAGUUUUAUUUAAAUUUAACAUCUGUGAUUGAAAACGCCUGGAUCUGCUAGUUAUACAAAAAGUCAGUGGUGGUUUGCAAAAUUCCUUAAAAUUACAAUUGUUAAAAUGAACUUGUCUUGAUUUGUACUCUAGAUCUUUUACACACUUGAUUUUUCUAGUCCUGUCUGGAAAGUCCACAGCAACCAUCAGAUUCAAAGCUUAGCCGAUUUAAGGACUCCGCACCAAACUAUUAUUUCAAACUAGCAAGUUUAGCAAUUUGUCCUGCCGUGAGCACACUUGCACGAUCAAAACGUUACCCACGGCCUACAGUUUCUCAGAAACCAGAACCGGGUUUCAUGCUUGGGUGGAGAUGCUAAGUAUCUACUGCACUUCCUGUCAGAAAGUGCACUUCAUCCUCUUAGUAAAGCCACGGGUAGAAAUUUGUGAGCUAAGAAAAGACCGUCUUGACUCCCCUCGGAGAGUGUGAUGGAUAAAUGUAGGAAGCUGGUGAAAUCUCCCUUUUUAAAGCAGUAUCUUUCUCUCUUAAAACAUGGUAAGAUAUCAGCUCAGACAUGAUAUAUAAAUACAUCUUCAAAUUUAGUAAUUUAUUUUUCACUUAACAUGGUUGGUAAAAAAAAAUGUAUGAUACUAGAUUUGCGUUUGUAUAUUUUUUUGUUUGUUGAUUUUAUAUUAACUGAGAUUUAUUUGUACAUACUUUUGUUUUUGUAAUCCUGAAGAAAAACAUAGCACACUAGAAAAUUAUUUAUUCAUAAGAAAAGUGUUUUGUAUAUUGAGUUGAAAAUAUUACUCUGUACAGUCCAGCUCAUGUAUGAAGUAUAACUGCAUCUAACCACAGGUUGAGAUUUUGUUCAUUUUAUGAGUUUAUAAAUUGGGUGAAUCUGAAAAAGCCUUUAUCCAGCCAGACAGUCGAAAGAUUUUAUUUAAUGUGAUUCGAGUGAAAUCAGGUGCAUUGCUGAUACUUAUUAAACUCUAAUCUGUAUGGUUACCUGAGAAUGUCAUUUGCUUAUUCUUAAUUUGUUUGCUUUUGGUGGAAUCAAAGAUGAAAUGUGGCUAUAAUGGCAAAUGUAAAUGAACUGUCACAACCCUCUCCUGCCAUCUAGUGGUAGGGAGUACAUCUGAAAUGUAUUGCUUAUUCAGUGAGACACUACUGAAUAACAGUUUUUAAACUUUCAAUGUACAAAUGCCUUGGUCAAGGAAACGAAAAGGAAAUGUUUGAGUUGCAGGUUAGAGAAAGACUGCAGGAGGUAGGAGGAGCUGGAUGCUUCUGCUAGUUGUGUCUGGUUUACCAGGCCAAAAAUAACGGAGUACUUUGGAGAAAGCACAUUCUUUGUUGAAUGGUCUUUGAUGGAACGUCUUUAUGUAGAAUAUUUUAACAGAGCUCUUUAGUCCCUUAAGUGAGAUUUCUUUUCUAUAUGGAUGUGUGGAUGUUACAAAAUUCUGACAUCAAAUAAUACGAUUAAAAUACAAAAAAAAAAAAAAUAUGAAAAUACUAUAACAUGUAAAUAAAACCGUAAUUAUUCGAUUCUGACAAAAUUAUGUCCUGAAAAAAAAAGUUUUAUUUAAAAGAUGGAGUUAUAAGGUAUAUAUUAAAAGUUUUUAAAAAUAUAUUAAAAACAAUAAUUAUAGCAAUGCAUGUACAUCCUAAAAGCAAUCGCACGGUGCAGAUGAUUUAAAAAACAAAAAAAACAAAGUUAUAUACAUGUUUGUUUUUUUUAGGUCAAUGGAGAGAAUAGUGAGGUCAAGUGCACUGAAAUGAGGUUCACAGCUGUAGAGGUAAAGUAGGAAUAAAUGACUUUUUCUAUGUCUGAUUUCUUUGUGGCUCAGGCAUGUCCAGUCUUACUGUAAUCUGUGGUGAUCAGACUUGAGUGGCAAGCUCUGAAUGUGUUUUACUGAGUGACUGAGCAGAUUCAGUUCAGCUCUGAGCAUCAGGGCACUAGUAAUGGUGCGAGCCCUUUACCUUCCCAUCUCUAGAGUAGAGAAUAAUACCAACAGAGAAUCACUCUAUAUACAAAUAAGAUAUAUAAACACCUAUAGAUACAGAAGAAAAAUAAGUUAAUUUGUCAGUGUGGAUGCCAUGAUAACUUUGUGAGAAAUGUGACUAUUUAUUUUUUUUUCUGUGAGAAAACAUUGAGAGCUGAAACAUUUUGUACAUAAUUGCUGUGGUUGUGUGUCUAAUAAAGUACAGCUCUCUUCUAUGA